AACCUGAGUGGCAGCAGCAAUUUACGAAGAGUCUCAACAUUUUCCAGUGAUACGCAGCUCGGCUCCAAUUUGACUUGUGUUGCAUCAAAUGCACAUUCACGAGAAGCAAGUAAAGCCUGCGAGAGGGACAACCAUUUACGAGGAUUAAGUUGGAACCACACUGGCAUGGAGAACACCUGAAGACAGGACAACUUUCUUUUUUUUCCUUUUUUUUUUUUUUGGAAGGCUCCGUUCGCAGAAGUGUGGCUGACAGCGCUGCAUGAAUCUGGCAUUGGAAGUGUGUUUGGAUCGAACCCAGGAGUACACGCUUAUGUGUCCCCAGGCAGACUCCUGCCAUGCAGCACGGAUCCUUGACAGAAAUGUUGUGCUGCAUGGCCUUGAACCGGGGCAGCUUGCCUCUACUCAAAUGGUGUUAAAUUAAUAUAGAACAGAAGAGUGAAAACAUUUUUUGUUGGUGGAACCAACAUAUUUUUACCUCUGUGUGCAGCUUUUGAUUAAUAACAACCCUAAUGUUUACAAGCCAGGACUGACCCCAACCCUGGCCUUAAUUCCCCCUGGUCCCAUUUCCAGUAUUUCAGAUUUGAUCCAUUACCUCUUCCUCUUGUGGAAUCCUUUUCGGGCAAGAACUGUGGAUUACGCACUGACACUCGGCCCAGUUUGCGCGGGGAGGUUCCAACUGCGGCUUGGUCAUGAGCACCGGGGAGAUACAUCACCUUGAUUACCUGAACGAGAACGAACUGAUGGAGAUGGACACGUUUAUUCACCGCAUCGACUCCAGCGAGGUAAUUUAUCAGCCGCGGAGGAAAAGGGCGAAGUUGAUAGGAAAGUACUUGAUGGGCGAUCUGCUGGGGGAGGGAUCGUAUGGCAAAGUGAAAGAGAUGCUGGACUCUGAAACCCUCUGUCGGCGGGCUGUCAAGAUACUGAAAAAGAAGAAGCUAAGGAGGAUUCCCAACGGAGAAGCAAAUGUGAAAAAGGAGAUUCAGCUGCUAAGAAGACUCCAGCACAAGAAUGUGAUACAGUUGGUGGAUGUUCUGUACAAUGAAGAGAAACAGAAAAUGUAUAUGGUGAUGGAGUACUGCGUGUGCGGGAUGCAACAAAUGCUGGACAGCGUCCCGGAAAAAAGGUUUCCUAUAUUUCAAGCUCACGGGUACUUUUGCCAGCUAUUAGAUGGCCUUGAAUAUUUGCACAGCCAGGGAAUAGUUCACAAAGACAUUAAACCAGGCAAUCUGCUGUUGACAACAGACGGGGCACUUAAAAUCUCUGACCUGGGAGUAGCAGAGGCGCUGCACCCAUUUGCAGAGGAUGACACAUGUCGCACCAGCCAGGGCUCUCCGGCUUUUCAGCCGCCCGAGAUCGCCAACGGCCUGGACACCUUUUCAGGGUUUAAAGUGGACAUUUGGUCUGCGGGAGUAACAUUAUACAACAUUACUACAAGUCUUUAUCCAUUCGAAGGGGACAACAUCUAUAAGCUAUUUGAGAACAUUGGAAAAGGAGAAUUUACAAUUCCUGAAGAGUGCGGACCCCCUCUUUCAGACCUGCUGCGAGGGAUGCUCGAGUAUGACCCUACAAAGAGAUUCUCCAUACAAAACAUAAGGCAACACAACUGGGUGCGUAAGAAACACCCUCCGACUGAGCUCCCCGUGCCCAUCCCUGCUAGUGCCGAGGGCAGGGACCCUUGGCGCAGCAUGACGGUGGUGCCCUACCUGGAGGACCUCCAUGGCUACACCGAAGAGGACGACGACGAGCUUUAUGAUGGCGAGGACGAGAUCAUAUACACUCAGGAUUUCACUGUGCCAGGUCAAGUUGCUGAAGAAGACCACGAUCUUGGCCUCGCAGACUACAGCCCGCCAGUGACUAAGCCCGUCUGUGUGAACGGGACCGAAGGAGUGUCUCUAACCAGCAAGGCUAAAGUGGAACGUCGGCCCUCGUCCUCAUCCAACCCCUCCCGGAAAGGGGUGUCCACAGUCAGCAAGAUCCGAAAGCUCUCCACCUGCAAACAGCAGUGACGUUCCGUCCCUCUACUCUCCGGUCUCUGUCAGCAGCAGCCCACCUGGUGUUCUGUCCCUGUCCUCCUCCUGUCCACAGCGGGCAGAGAAACUUGCUGAGCUCUUAUACCUCCAUGGACCACUGGCCUGUCUUCAUGUAAAAGCCUGCCCUUAAAGCGACGAGUGAAGAAGGUGGACACCAUGACACAUUCUCUUUGCCCUGAGAUGAAGGCAACCCUCCAUUUCCUCCAAUGAUCUUGCUUGUUAAGCUCCUGGAGUGUCCUAACUUCAUGAUGACCUCCUCCUAUCAGGAGGGUGGCAAAUGGUGCACUGGACUUCACAAGCCCAUCAUUCAUCCUUUUUCUUGUCACAUCUGUAGCAAAUACUAAUGGAAGAGGGGCAUGUCCCUCCACUAAUCUGCGCGAGUGUAGUCAGUUCUCGGAGCAAAAAGAGUCACCCGGGUUAGCAAGCCAUCCGCCACAGAUGCGCUGUGGCAGCAUAAUAGCGCCAGGAGUCAUUUUUUACAGCGGUAUUACAGAAUUAUGUCUAAAAGUGGCUUUUGGCAAUUUUUUGCAGGGGUUUACAGAACCUUAUAGCAGUUUUAAGGCACAGUGUGAUGUGUUGGAGGGAAAGUAACUAAAGAGAAAAAGCAAAAAAUUGAUGCAUAGUUCAAUUUUUAAAUCUGACAAGAUGAUGCUCUUGUGCUGCUACUACUACCGACAUAAAACCUGCAUGCUGUACAAAGCUGGAAGAGCAGACUGACUGACUGUCUUUUAGGUCAACCACCUUUUUGGGGACUUUUGAUUUCCCUUAGUUUUGUUUUUCCAAUGAAUAUUUUUUAAUUAUUAUUUAUAUAAAAAUGUCCCAAAAAUCUGC